CUAUAAAAUGGUAAUUUUUGUAAUUUUUGAUAAUGUAUUUUUUUUUUACUUUUGUCCACCAACUGGCCCACUGUGCGAUGUGCUGCUUAGAACAAGAUACUAGAAACAGUUGUAAAGUUAAAAUUUCAGAAUUCGUGAAAUGAAGUAAAAGAACUUAGUUAUAUAUCAAAAACUUUUUCACAGUUAUUAAAUAAAUAUGCUAUUAAAUAGUUAGUUAGGAUAUUCGACGUACCGUAACACGGGGUUACUUUGUGCCUUAAGUUCCUACUUUGUUCCACCACUGAAAAUUUAAGUUUCAUGCUUCUCCUGUUCAAACGUCCUAAAAGUGACGCGUUCUUUGCUAUUUUUUAAUUUAUAUGUGGCAAAUACUGUCAAGAAACCAUAUUGCCUUUGCCGCACACUAAAUAAUACAUCUGUUAAUUGGAUGUCAAAAAGUAACUGAACUUGUUUGUAAAAUUUACUGUGCAGAACUUCUACGUGGUUUGCUUUUGUAGUACACACUACAGAAAAAAAAAAUCACUGAGUUUGUUAGACUAACACUUUGCUAAUAAAAAUGCCAAGAAUGUAUACUAGAAGACCAGGCUCCAGAAAAUAUGUGGACUAUUCUCCAAAAAAGCUCCAACAGUGCCUUUCUGCUAUUAAUGAAGGUCGAAUGAGCCAGAGAGAAGCAUCAAAACAUUUUGAAAUAUGUAGAAAUACCAUACAAAACAAACUGAAGCUAAAGCACAAUCAAAACCCAGGGCAUCCUACAAUAUUUACUGCUUCGGAAGAAUCAGCUUUUGUUGCUCACAUCGUGGCAGUGUCUGAGUUUGGAUUCCCUUUGGAUGAAUUGGAUUUUAGGUUUAUUGUAAAGGAUUACCUCACUUCGCAAAAUAAAACUAUUCCACAGUUUAGAAAUAAUUUUCCAGGACUAGAAUGGAGUAAAAUAUUUUUAAAAAGACAUCCUAUGCUUACUUUGCGCUUGGCAGCCAAUAUAAAACGCUAUCGGGCUGCAAUUAAUGAAAAAACCUUAAGUGAGUAUAUUGAAAACCUCGCCCAAGUUGUUACAAAUGUGCCAGCAGAAAAUAUAUACAACUACGAUGAAACAAACCUAAGUGAUGACCCAGGACGCAAAAAAAUUAUAUGUCGUAGAGGCUGUAAAUACCCUGAAAGAGUAAUAAACUCAUCAAAGUCCAAUAUUUCAGUCAUGUUUUGUGGCAAUGCUGCUGGAGGUACAAUACCACCUUAUGUUGUCUACAAAUCAGAACAUCUGUGGUCCACAUGGACUGAAAACGGUCCCCAUGGAACUAGGUACAAUCGCACAAAACAUGGAUGGUUAGAUAAUGCUACAUUCGAGGAGUGGUUUACUGCUCACCUGCUUCCUAUACUGAAAAAACAGACCGGAAAAAAAGUUCUUAUUGGGGAUAAUUUGUCAUCGCACAUUAGUCAGAAUGUUUUAAAACUGUGUAAAGAAAAUAACAUAGUAUUUGUUUGUUUACCACCUAACUCAUCGCAUUUGACACAACCUCUAGAUGUUGCCUAUUUUAGGCCACUAAAAAAUAAGUGGAAAAUUGUUUUAACUUUGUGGAAAGAAUCACCUGUAGGUAAAAAAUCUACAACACUUCCAAAAGGACACUUUCCAUCACUUUUAAAAAAAGUGCUGGAAUUAAUAAAAGACACUUCUAGUGAAAAUUUGAUAUCAGGUUUUGCUAAGUGUGGAAUUUUUCCCUGUGAUAAAGAACCUCUUAUUAAUCGCCUACCACUGCAGGAUCGAUCAUCUGCUGAUCUAAGUCUUAUUUCUAAAGCAUUUAUCAGUCAUUUGAAUGACAAUCGUGCAGACCUUGGACCUUCAAUGUUAAAGCGCAAAAAAAAACUAAAUGUUCCACCAGGAAAAGGAAUCUGUCCUGACUCAGAAGAAUCAGAUGUUAUACCAGUCAAAAAUACUGUAAAAGUGUCCCAGAAACGAAAAAAAGUUAAAUGUGUUAUCUCUAGUGCAACAUCUAACAGUGAAUAUAGGUGUAAGCUACGUGCAUUUAAAUCUGACUGAAACAAUUAUUAUUAAACAUUAUAUGUUUAUAUAGAGUAGAUGCCUACCUACUUGUUAUUUAGUUAUUGUUUAUUGUUAUUACAGAACAAAAAAAAUAUUUGAUACAAUA